CAACAGAAUCUUACUUGCUACUUAACGUGUAACAUUGAACAAGUGAACUUGGAAAUCAAAAUGAAGUUGGUCUUCUUGUUAAUGGUUCUGACCUUUGUGGUAUUCGAAGCCAGCGGGUACCCGUACCCUGUGUAUACUUCUUCGGGAAACGUGGAUACUUGGUCAUACGGUGACGAAAAUCGUGGUGGCCGAGUCCUUAGCCGCUCCUAUGGCCCCUAUGCCAACCGACGGAUCAUUAGAGGUGGACCAACGACCUAUUCCGUCUACCAGCCUGAAUCCAGACUAACUUCUCAGCAGGCCAUCGAAUACCACCAAGCUGUCAAGCGCCGUCAAGCUCUACUGGAAGUUAAUGACACACCACCUCAGGAGAAUGCACCAUUUUACCCUCAAGUACAAGACAACCCCGCAGUAGUACCAGCCGAAGCUACUGAACUCAUCUUACCUAACGAUCAAGUAAUCCCAACAACCGAAAAAGCUAUAGUACCAGAACUUAUUGAACCUGAAAUUGAGGAACCCAAAGAGGAAAUUCAACAGACCAAGAAGGUUCCUGAAGAGAAGAAGCAAAAGAAAUGGUUCGAUGAAGAAGACGAUGACGAUGAGGAAGAUUAUCCUAGUCAAGCCAAGUUUCUGCGAGGAGGGUCUUUCUUCCCAAUGAUCUUUGGAUGGGGUGGUGGUAGUGGACCUAUAGCUGUAGCCAAUGCCUACAGCACGGGAAAGGGUGGAGCUGCGGCCAGUCAUGCAACCGCGUACGCAACCCACAAACCCAUAGAGCGAAAACCUUGAACCAAUAACAAUGCCAAGAAUCUAUCCGAGAUAAAAUUAGAUAUAAUAAUUGUAACAAAAAUGUGGCCGUUUUUAUACUGUAUUUUACACGUGUAAACUGAUACUGUGACUACCAUAGUUUUUAAUAAAAGUUUCCACAAGUAAAAAUUC